GCACUAGCAGGGGUCUUCCGGACGCCAUGGCCUCAGAGGGACACAGCAAGGAGGAGACCCUGUCCCUGCGCAGGCAGCUUAUCGGCUCUUCCUGCAGGCUUUUUUUCCCGGAGGACCCUGUGAAGAUGGUCCGGGCCCGAGGCCAGUACAUGUAUGAUGAGAAGGGAGUGGAAUACAUUGACUGCAUCAACAAUGUGGCUCAUGUUGGACACUGCCACCCUCACGUAGUCCAAGCUGCGCACGAACAAAACCAAGUGCUAAACACCAACAGCCGCUUCCUGCAUGACAACAUCGUGGAUUACGCUCAGAGGCUGUCCCGAACGCUGCCCAAGGAGCUCUGUGUGUUUUACUUCCUGAAUUCGGGGUCUGAAGCUAAUGACCUGGCCCUGAGGCUGGCUCGCCAGUACACUGAACAUCAAGAUGUGGUGGUGGUAGACCACGCUUACCAUGGGCAUCUGAGCUCCCUGAUUGACAUCAGCCCUUACAAGUUCCGGAGCCUGGAAGGACAGCCAGAAUGGGUGCACGUGGUCCCUCUCCCAGACACCUUCCGAGGCCCCUACCGGGAAGACCACCCAGACCCAGCCAGCGCAUACGCGGCGGAGGUGAAGCGGGUGAUUGACAGGGCCCAGGAGAAGGGCAGGAAGAUAGCGGCCUUUUUUAUCGAGUCUUUGCCCAGCGUGGGAGGCCAGAUCAUUCCCCCGGUUGGCUAUUUCCAAAAGGCAGCGCAACACAUCCGAAGGGCUGGUGGUGUUUUUGUGGCUGAUGAGAUCCAAGUUGGUUUUGGCCGAGUAGGCAAGCACUUCUGGGCCUUCCAGCUACAGGGGGAGGACUUUGUCCCCGACAUCGUCACCAUGGGCAAGCCCAUUGGCAAUGGCCACCCCAUCGCCUGUGUGGCCACAACUCGGGACAUCGCUGGAGCAUUUGCAGGCACUGGUGUUGAGUAUUUCAAUACGUUUGGGGGAAGUCCUGUUUCCUGUGCAGUGGGUUUGGCUGUCUUGGACGUCCUAGAAAAGGAGCAGCUCCAGGCCCAUGCUGCCCAUGUGGGAGAGUUCUUUGUGGGGCUACUGAACCAGCAGAAGGCCAAGCAUCCCAUCAUUGGAGAUGUCAGGGGUGUUGGAUUGUUCAUUGGUGUGGACCUAAUCAAAGAUUUGACAACAAGGAUGCCAGCAACAGAAGAAGCUGACUAUUUGGUUUCCAGGUUAAAAGACGCCUCUAUUUUGUUGAGCACUGAUGGACCUGGAAGAAAUGUCCUAAAAUUUAAGCCUCCAUUGUGCUUCAACAAGGACAAUGCCAAACUAGUUGUGAACAAACUUGACACAAUUUUAACAGAAAUGGAAAAGACAAUGAGAAGCUGCAAAACCCUUCAAUGUAUCCUGUGACCCCAGGUUAGAUCUUCCCUGGGAACAGCAGGUUCAAAAAGAAUAUUUUGAAAGUCGAAGGAGGGGGAGGCCCUGCCAAUCCAUUCCAAGAUAACAAGAAAUUUCAACUCAAUCCACUCACAAUUUACCUUGCAACAUGGACUGGACCUGUUAAAACCACCACUAGUGAGACUUAUGAAUCCCACCCGACACCCCCUAAACAUUUUUAGGUUGGUGUAUUUUUUAACAUAACCACUGCUAUUAUUCAAAGCAGACUCUGGGUCAUCAAAGUGGUUAGUAAAUGUCCCAUAUUAAGGUCAGGAAAAAAAAUAGAGGGAAGAUGAAUUCCUAAAUAUAACAAUGCAUUUGCCUGCCUUAAGGUAAAUUACUCAACUCUGCUCUGGUCUGAUAUAAGCUUGAAGACCUAAAUGUCUUCUUCAAAUGGAAUGUUUUGAAAAUGUCUGUCCAAAUUUGCUUCAACAACAUAAAAUGCCUAUAUUUUCCUUUGAAAAUAAAAUGUUUGACCCUUU